CAGCACACAACCCUCUCUCUCUCCCAGCAAGCCUGUGAAUAACAUCGGCCGCUCAAUAAGCUCAGCCGGAUCGAGAAUGAUAUUCCGGAAAAGGAGCCUACUUCUUCUGCUGGCACUCGUGCUUCUAUCAACUUAUGCAUAUCACCGGCAUUCGGCCCAGUUGCUCUCGGUUUUCAACCCUAACCGGGCUGCCAGCCUCGUCUUGGAUGAGCUCCAGAGUCCUCCCUCCCCAAAGAUAUGGCGCGAACCGCCAUACAAGACACCAGUGGCGGAGAAAUACUACCAGGCCUCUAACACCUCGAAACGCGCUUCCGCCGCAAUAGUCAUCCUCGCACGCAACCGCAACUUGCCCGGAGUGGUGCAGACACUCAUCCAGUUCGAGCAAAAGUUCAACCACAAGUUCAAUUACCCCUAUGUCUUCCUUAACGAAGUUCCAUUUGAUGAGGCAUUCAAAGUUGCCGUGACAGCGCUCACUCGCGCGCGUGUCGAGUUCGGUUUAGUUCCACCGGAGGACUGGUAUCAGCCAUCGUGGAUCGAUGAGAACAAGGCAUCUGCAGUGCGCGAGCGAAUGAAGAAUACCGUGCUAUACGGAGAUAGCGUUUCAUACCGGAACAUGUGUCGCUUCCAAUCUGGGUUCUUCUUUCGACACGAAUUACUCAAGAAGUACAGAUGGUACUGGCGGGUAGAACCGGAUGUGAAAUUCUCUUGCGACCUGGAUUUCGAUCCGUUCCUGUUCAUGGAAGGCGAAGAUAAACGUUACGCGUUUACGAUCAGUCUCGGGGAGUAUCGGAAGACAAUUCCAUCACUCUGGACAACAGUCCGAGCAUUCAUGCGAAUGAAUCCGGAUUUGGUUGUCACAGAUAACGCGAUGGAGAUGUUGAUUGACCGCCGCAAAGGCUACUACAAUCGAUGCCAUUUCUGGUCCAACUUUGAGAUUGCGGAUCUUGACCUGUGGAGGAGCGAGUCGUAUCUCAAGUAUUUCGACUUCCUCGACAGGAAGGGUGGCUUUUACUAUGAGAGAUGGGGUGACGCCCCCGUACAUACUCUGGGAGCGGCCAUGUUUCUGCGCAAAGAUCAGAUUCAUUUCUUCAAUGAAAUAGGCUAUUUCCACAUGCCUUAUGAGCACUGUCCAGAGGGACCCGCAUUCACCCGCGGCCGGUGCGAAUGUGAUCCCGCAAAGAGUUUCGAUAGAUCAGAUGUCUCAUGCCUUGCAUACUACGAUGCCUUGUUUCGUGACGAGGAGGACGAGCACCUGGAGGGGAUACCUGCGGUCGCAUGACCUCAAUCGGGAGCAACAAUUGCUCUCCUCGACGCUGUCGUCGCUCGCCUAAAUGCUAAUCGUAUCCUUCUCGAUACCGCGGUCCCGCCGCACCGUUGUCUCACAUGUGUUGUUUCCGUGAAGGUUAGCGUGAUGAAUGAUUUGUCUUCAUUGUCCUGUUCGGAAUAGAGACUGUCACUUAGAAUAUCUCUUCGGCUGCCCGACUGAUAGAUCUGAGGAAAGCGAUGUAUAAAGAGCAAAACGUUUCCCUGCCAUGGGAAUGUACAAAGCGCCACCUGGAAUGCCUAAGGAGGAAUUUGAGGAGCAUAUGAAUACCCUCACCGACGAUCUUGUCCGGGUUCCCCUUGCCGCGCAGAACUUCAAGACCUUCGAGAUGGUUGUGCAGAACGAUAAGCUCGACGAACAUCUGGUGAAGCUCGGGCUGUCACUUCCUCAUCCAGCUGUGUGGCAUAUGAUCGAGUGCGACACUAAAGAGGAGCUCUCCGCGCUUAUCCGUGAUCCGCCCUUCAUCGCCCGUAUCAUGGAAGCAGAGCACUUCGGCUUCCACGCCGGCUCCUGCUCCUUUUCCGCCGACCUCCACACCAAGGUCCACGUUCCGGAGGCAGACGACCGCACACAUGCCAUGGGCAUGUUCAAACUCGGCCCCGACACGUCCGUCGACGGACUCAAAGCGGUUCACAAGAAACUCGAGGACUUGAUGGACAAGAUCCUCGAGGUUCCCGCCGCGAAGAAGAAUCUCCUGCUGCACAGCUUGUGGAUCCAGAACGAAGACAUUCGUGAGGAUCUGGUUGAACUCAAUCUUCCCAAACCGGAGCCCACUUUCGUCGUGACGGUCGAGACUGAGGUGG